UAGCCUUUUUCACUUUACUUCUCUGCUGUACUCCAGCUCCGAAACAUGUCCUAAUCUCUCUCUCUCUCUCUCUCUCUCUCUCUCUCUCCUCCCCUGUUCUCCAACAUUCGGAAGCACCUGAAAAGAAGGAAGGAGGAAGAAGGAAGAAGAAGAAGAAGAUAAGAGUUCCAUCAGAGCAGGAGGGAGGGGGAACGACCGGUCCCGAAUCGUUGUCACUUGCUCCUCACUCCCUGUUUCAGAAAAGCCCUUCUCACUUGCUUCUCCUCUCUCUGUCAUGUUGUCGUGAACUCUCCACCUUCCUCCUUUCUCCUUAUGAUGAGGAAGAAGAUGGCCUUUCGGUGUUGAAUUAGACGAAGCCCGUUUAAAAUAACCUUAGCCGGAAAGGGGCAUGGCUUUCGGGGACGACGAUGAUCUGCCUAACGAGGGGGUGCGAAUUAAAAGGGCCGACGACCAUCCGAAGCAGAGCAUCGGCUCCCCCGACGUCGUCAUCGCCAAGACCAGCUUGGCCUCCAUCGAGUCCUUGACCAUGCCUCUUAUGCAGGAGGUGGUUCUGUCAGCUGAUAUACGAUGUGCGGAGUGCCAGAAGCGAGUUGCUGAUGUUAUGUCUCGCAUGAGCGAAACAGAGUCCGUCGUGGUGAAUAUGCUGGAGAAGAAGGUGAUCCUCUCUUGUAAAUAUCCCAACAACCCAAAUGGCGUCAAGGGUCUCCGGCGACCACAGGUCCCCAUCGUGUACCGAAACCCGCUCAAGCUCAACAAGGUCGCCACGAUCAAACGGCUCUUCCGCCUCUCCUCCAGCUGAAUGUACAGAUCGAGAUCAUGGUCUCCAGUGUCCUAUGUUGCUGAUUUAAACACAGAAGCAUGAAAUCACAGGGUGAAUUUUGUUUAAGAAAUGGUGUUACCGUUCUUGUGAGUGGAGUCUCGCCUUUUUCAA